AUGUCGUGCAAUCAGUGUAAUACUAAAUUCAACUUUUUUCACAAAGAAAUGGGUUGUGGCUGCUGUGGUUUAGCCUUUUGUAGUAAAUGUAUCAAGCAAAAAUCUAAAGUACCUUCGAAAGGCGAUGAAGAAAUUAAUGUUUGUAAAAAGUGUUAUCUGAGAAUAAACUCGGGAACUUCUCAAACUGUUAACAGGCCGCCACCUGAUGUAUUUAUUAAGAGAUUAGAAACUCUAGAAAACCCAGCUGCACCUCCUAUAACUGUAUAUAAAAAAGCAGAUCCAAAAAUGGAAUCAUUACGUAGUGGUCUCUCUGCUGCUGAUCAGAAGUUGUUGGAAAGAUUGGAGAAACUGAAGGAUGAUGGAAAGGGACCACCGCCAACUGAAUCUGAGAUUAGGGAGAGAUUAAGGAAUCUUAAGGGAGAAAAUGAAUAUGUAGAGGGACCUAGUAAAGCUGUGUAUACUGUGGACACAAGAACAGACCAAGAAAAAACUGAUUCUCUUCUGGAGCAAUUUGUGAAUGAGCGAGAUAUUGAACUGUCUCAUCAAAACCUUGAUGGUAUAGAAGCCAGAGUGGCAGCUUUAAGGGAACAAGGGGUCAGGCCAAAUGAGGGACCAUAUAUGCAGAAUUUACAUGAUUCCAGUGGAUCUGAAGAAGAAGUUGAUAAAGUAACAAAAAAGAUAAUGGAUGAAGUAGCCUUAGAUGAACGCUUACCCUCAAGCAUACUUUCCAAAACCAAAUCAUCUUCAAGAGAAUCCAAAGAUGAAGACGAAGUAGAGGACGGCUCUCCUGAAUUGCCUUGGUGUGUUCUAUGCAACAAUGAUGCCAAGUAUAGGUGCAUGGACUGUAGUGGUGAUUUAUACUGUAGUUCCUGCAAUACCGAAGUUCAUAAAAAUUGGGGCGAUACCGAUCACCAUGUUGUUCCAUACAAACCACGUUAA